AAGGUGGGCGCCAGCGCAGCCGGGAACCGCGCGGGUCGCCAUGGCGGAGCUGCAGCAGCAACUCCGGGUGCAGGAGGCAGUGGACUCCAUGGUGAAGAGUCUGGAGAGGGAGAAUAUCCGGAAGAUGCAGGGCCUUAUGUUCCGGUGCAGCGCCGCCUGUUGUGAGGAAAGCCAUGCGUCCAUGCAGCAAGUGCACCAGUGCAUUGAGCGCUGCCAUGCACCUCUGGCUCAAGCCCAGGCCCUGGUGACCAGCGAGUUGGAGAAGUUCCAGGACCGCCUGGCCCGGUGCACUAUGUAUUGCAAUGACAAGGCCAGAGAUUCGAUAGAUGCAGGGAGUAAGGAGCUUCAGGUGAAGCGGCAGCUGGAGACCUGCGUGACCAAGUGUGUGGAUGACCACAUGAACCUCAUCCCAACCAUGACCAGGAAGAUGAAGGAGUCGCUCUCAUCCAUGGGGAAAUAGCUGUCUGCUAGUGGCCAUCAGGGCUGAGGGCAGGAAUCGAUUUAAAAGGAGGAAUGGGGAUUUGGGUCUUUUAAGGAGAGUUAAGGAAUGAGGAAAUUAAGGAUGACAGCAAGUCUAAGGCCUGUGUUUCUUUCCUCUGGACGCUGGUUCCUUUGUGUUUCAAUCCUAGAAAGUGAAAUGGAAAAAAAAUGGUGCUAAAAUUUGGGUCACAGAUAGCACAGGAGGUUUGUUGUGAGCCUGAAUUUCAUGUGGCAAGUACUUCUCCUGCCAAUAGGGAGUCUCCCUUGUCCCAAACCAGGGCCCUCCAAGGUACCAGAUUCUCCUACUGCACAGAUACCAAGAGGCCGGCAGGU